UGAAACGAUGCUUGACACCUGCGGUGUACACCUCGCUGAAUCCUCUGCGGUAUCUACAAUAGGGUUUGUGGUAGACAAUUUGUGUGUGAGAGAGUGUGGAGGCAGAUACGCCACAACUUUAUGAUAUAGGAGAAACAGAACAGAUAGGCUACAGGCCUAAAAUAACUUUGGUGUCCAAAAUACAGUUUCAAUGGAUUUGGUCCUCGCCUAUGGACGAUGAGGCGCAUGGAUCUGGUGCUGUGGCAUAUCGGUCUGAUAGGCCUAUUUGUCUUUGCCCAUGGGAAUUGCUUGGGGGGAUUUGGCAAGUCAUCUUUUUUAAUGCCAUAAAACUAUUGCAGUCUGCUUUGAUGACUGACAAAAAGUAGGCUGUUAAUUUGUGAUGUUUAUUAUUCGUUUAGACGGCGUACCAGUUGAAUUUGAGCUGUAUCCCAAAGAUCACCUCCGUCUUGUGGUUAAUUGGACCUUGGAGCGCGCGCUCAACAACGUUACUUAUGAAAUUCAAGUGAGCCGCUCAGAAAAUUUCCAACUGAUAGAAUGUAUAAACGUGAGCAUUGGAUAUCAGGAAAAUGGAGAACUGUUUCACACGUGGACUUGGACUUCAAAACUACCCUUGCAAUGUGUUGAUCACUCCGUGAGGAUGAGAUGCAUUUACAACUUCAGCUCAGUGUGUAACUGGUCAUCAUGGCAUACCCUCCCAGGUGCAGAGGAGCACAACGUACUGCAGAUGUUCCCAUAUGAGGAGGUCCUACAGGAGGGCACCGAGCUUCUCCUCUGCUGUGUGGCCCCCAGGGGCGCCCACAUCACCAGUGCCACCUUCGACCAAACCCAGUACCCCCUCAUCCACGUCAGCAGCCAGGUCAGAGCCAUCGCCGUGGCCCACCUCAACACCACUAAUGGCUGGGGCGUCUCAACCAAAUGCUACGAUUCCCAAGGCAACGAAAAUGACUCGACCAACUACGUCACUUUUUUACCUCAGAAGCCCAAAAAUCUGAGCUGUGAGACGGAGGACUUGAGAGUUUGGAAUUGCACAUGGCAGCCUGGGAGACCCUCGGAGAUAGACGGCGAGCACGUAUACACCCUGCUGGUCCAGGACACAGAUUAUGAGAAGAAGUGUGAAGAUUCGUGGUGUAGUUUCCAGCCUUCCUCAUUCCUCCAUGACUACAAUGUUACUGUGUUGGUGACAACCAGUCUAGGACACAUAGCAGAAAACAUCCGGUUCCCCUCCCUGGACAGAGUUUUUCCGGUCGCCAACAGUUUGUCAGUGAAGCCUAAUGUGACUGAAGCUGUCUUGUCUUGGACUGUCGAGGGAAACUUUACCAAGAUUCCAGUGGUUUGCCAAGUCCAAACCUAUCCAGAGGCUCAUAUAAUGGACAUUGAACAAAUCCAGGAUUCAGUGUUACGCUUUGUUUGCCAACUGGAAUGUUUAAAACCCAGCACACAGUACCGGGUAAAGGUACGCUGUGGAGUUUCUGGGAAAACAUGGGGAAGGUGGAAUGACACAAGUAUUUUCACCACAUACCCUGUGGUUGUUGUGGACGUCUGGAGGACAAUCAAACAUCAUUCCACUGGCCGCAGUCUUGUUGUAGUGUGGAAGACAAAUUCCAGUGGAAGCCAGUCGGAUGUGGAGUCAUAUGAUGUCCGUCUGCAGGGGGGGAAUGUCCUGAACAUCACGAUGGAGGACGGUGGAGGAGGACUUCAGCAGAGGAUCACUGCAGAGAGUCAGACAGAGUUCCUGAUUGGCCAGGAAGGAUGUAGCGUUUCUGUGCGCGCCAUCGUACGGGUUGGAUCCUCCAUUCCCUCGCUCAUCAACAUUCCUCCCUCACAAUACACAGAAGAGCAAAUCACCCCAAAGAGGCUUGUGGGCAGUGGUGCCCAGGCUGGCUUUGCGCUGUCGUGGGCGGAGGAAGCCAGGGCGGUGUGUGGGUACACGGUGGAGUGGUGUCAUAAAAGGCCCGGUGCCAGUGCCAGUGCCAAUGCUCUACUUUGCCACCCCAGUGAGCUGAGAUGGGAGAAGGUGGAAGGGCACAGCACCACCUCUUUAUCACUCCCUCCAGGUGGCUUCGUGGGUGGCUUCAGAUACGCCUUCAGUGUGUUUGGCUGCAGAGAGGACGGCUACCAUCUGAUUGAGACACUCGUGGGCUACUCACAGGAACACAGACCUACUACUGUCCCAGAAAUACAGUCCUCUCCCGUGGUCACGUCGUCCUCUGUCAGGCUGAAGUGGAGUUUUCCGGAAGACAGUCCACAGCACCCUGGCUUCAUCACAGGCUAUCUUGUGACGGUUAAAGACGAUGGCCAGUUGAGCAAUCAGAGCCAGCACUCCCAGCGUAUUUCAGUGGAUGACCCCGGUAGGAAGAUGGUGAUGGUGAGCGGUUUGAGGGAGAGUGCCCGCUACUCCUUCUGCAUCCAGGCCUGUACCACUGCAGGCCCAGGGCCACACUCAUGUCGCAGCUUUGAAACCUCACCCGACUAUACUCUGUUUAUGGCGAAGAUUUUAAUCCCUUUGGCGUUCCUUCUGGGCUGUUGUGUUCUGCUGUGGCCACACUGGAAGAGAGUGAGGAAUACACUUGUGGAGAUUUUCACUCAUACAGCCAGUGUGAGUGUGAAGAUUGUGGAGCUGGACAGCUCACUGUAUGAGACAAGCGAGAGGAUUCGCACCCUGAAAGUGGAAGAGUGCCUGUGCUGCGACCUUGAAGUUGUAGAUAUGGGCUGUCCAAGGUCAGAGGAGCGGCCAUUCCUCCUCUACCAGAACGAUGACUCUUCUGGCCGCCCCUCUCUCGUCACCCCCCCGCCGGGGUACUGCUGUGGCACCGAGCUGCUGGAUGACCUCUGGGAUGAUCCGCAUGACCUUGACGGCCGCGAGAGGUGCCUAAGUGACAUCUGCAACUUCACCUACUCGCCCACGGCCACCGAGGUGUCCUUCGUCACAGCGUCGUUCAGCUCUGACACUGUGCCACAGCAGCCACAGCAGCAGCCACAAAGCAGUGCUAUGAUGGGCUAUGUCACCUCUGCUGCUUUUCCCAGCAUGAGCUAGGCAGGGCUGGGCUGGACUGGUCAGCUGGCAUACAGGGUAUUUUCCCGGUGGGCUGACUGCGCCUAGGGACUUUGUUUUUCUUAGGGGCUGGUCCACAGUUUACAGGGGGUGGCCCAUCGGUCCAGCCUUAGAGAUUGUAUUAAGGCAGGCAGGAUAUAGUGUGGAAACAGGCUAUAGGCCCACUGUAUGUGUGAGGGUCCGGUUUAAGACAAAAAUGUCCAGGCCAGCCCCCCUACAAGGUGCUCGCUUGGCUAGCCUUCUAGACCUGAUAUUAUGCCAAGAUUUGCUGGCUGCUUUGCCAAAAUAUCCUACCAGUUGCCUGUACCCAACAUAUCCCUACCUCUGACCAUAACAUAUAGGGGCGCUUCUGCGUAGAUCUUGGUAGUUGCAAUAGAGAUGUUGAAGGAAAUUAAGUAUCCAGCAGCAGCACACAUAACACACAUUGCACAAUGUGUGACAGUUAAAUUGAAGCAACAGUGAUGGCGUUAUGAGAUAUGGUGCUUGUCUUGUUUUGGUUUGCCUUUCUGUCAAACAUAAUCUCGCAGAUUGCUGAUUACAAUGGGCAAAAAGUUUGCUGCAGAUUGGAUACUAUGCCGUGGCAACAAAGGAGAAACUAUAUGGCUCUCCGUGUUGGGCAGUAAUGCUUUACAAAAGUAAUUAAUUACUGUAAUGCAUUACUUUUUGCUGUAAUGCAGUAAUGUAAGGCAUUACAGGGCAAAAAUCUGUAAUAUUUACGAAGUUACAAUGCUAAAUAACUUAAGUUACAAUGUAUUACAAUAACCUGCAUUUUAGUGGUAUUAAGUGUGGUGGAUUAGAAAGAAGCUAUUCCUGAACCUGGUAGUUUUUAGUCUGCAUGCUGCCAAAAACACCUCUUGGAUGGGAGGUGAAAAAGUCAUAACUCAUGCCCUUGAUUUACACUGUAACAAAUUGCCAGAUCCAUAUUUAGGUCUACAGUUCUUUUGGCGAAAGUAACUAAAGUAAUGCAAAAGUAGUGUAAUACCUUACAUUUUAAAUAUAGUCAUAUUGUAGUGUAAGGGAUUAUUUUGAAAAGACCGUAACAUGUAAUCAGUAAUGCAUUACAGUUUUUGAGUAACUUGCCCUAACACUGGCGGCUUUUGUGACUGUAGGCGUUACAAGUG